CAGACCCGGCCUCAGCCUUAUCUUCGGCUUGCGAGAGAGAGGAAAGCAUGGCGCUCUUCGAGCAGAUGCGUGCCAACGUGGGGAAGCUUCUCAAGGGAAUCGACAGGUACAAUCCGGAGAACCUGGCCACCUUGGAGCGAUACGUGGAAACCCAGGCCAAGGAGAAUGCUUAUGAUUUGGAGGCCAACUUGGCUGUGCUCAAGCUAUACCAGUUCAAUCCGGCCUUUUUCCAGACCACAGUGACAGCCCAGAUUCUGCUAAAGGCCCUCACCAAUCUACCACACACGGACUUCACCCUCUGCAAGUGCAUGAUUGACCAGGCUCAUCAAGAAACACAGCCCAUCAGGCAGAUCCUGUACUUGGGAGACUUGCUGGAGACCUGCCAUUUCCAGGCUUUCUGGCAUGCCCUGGAGAACAUGGACCUCCUUCUCCUUAAUGGCAUCACAGGCUUUGAAGAUUCCGUCCGAAAAUUUAUCUGCCACGUGGUGGGCAUCACGUAUCAACAUAUUGACCGAUGGCUGCUGGCUGAGAUGCUGGGAGAUCUCUCAGACAACCAGCUGAAAGUAUGGAUGAGCAAAUAUGGCUGGAGCUCCAAUGAGGCAGGACAGGUCUUCAUCUGUAGCCAAGAAGAGAGUAUCAAGCCCAAAAACAUUGUGGAAAAGAUCGACUUUGAGAGUGUUUCCAGCAUCAUGGCCUCCUCCCAGUAACUCCUGCCUGACGGCUUCCUUCUUGUGUUUGUGUUUUCCCUUACCUACAGUACAGCAGGCUUCUUAAAUAAAAGCCCUUUACUUCCUG